AUGGACCCGAUAACGCAUACACCAGACGCUAACCGUGCGCGUGUCCCACACAGCCGAGAAACAAGCGCCCCGAACCUAGGCCCCCCGGUGUCUGCCACGUUUCCUCCACCAGUCGUACCGGAUACCACAACCGGUGUAGAAGUCAUUGUGGCUACUACCUCCUCUGACGUUGCGACUCAAGCUGGGGCUGUAAUGUCACCGCAUGCGUCUGCAAAGGUGGCUGGGGGCAUGAGACCAGUGAGAGUUGCAUCGAAGGGGGAGGCGGGAGUCAUGAUGGUUGCUGCCGGGUUGGGUGUGUCGUUCGCGGAGGAGGAGGAGAAGGGUGAGCUCCGUCCAGAAAUCAUGACGGUCCCCGUCGUUCUUGUGAGAGCAUCUCACGCUGGCGGACUUGCAGUGCCGUUGAAUUCCGACUGA